UAAUAUAGAAAAAGAAAUCAAAAUUGAAGAAAAAAUACCUAAUAGGAAAAUAAAUAAAUAAAGCCGUAACGGUAAAAAAAAAACCCUAGAAAUCUAAAGUGUAAAAGAGCUCACGAAGGCAAAAUAUCUUUCGCCUCCAAAUUCUCUCUUUAGUUCUUUUUUUUUUUUUUCAAUUUAAAAAAAAAAUCUCAUUGACUGGGAAUCAAUCUCAAUUCUCAGGUAUUUAUUUUUGCUGAAAACAAUGGCGGGUCAGAGGAAUAGCUAUGGGAAGCGGGCUCAUUCUCACUCUGGCUAUUCUGAGAAUGGAUCAAAUAAGAGGAGAAAUGCAGGUGAUGACAGGGAACAAUUUGUUAUUGAUUCAGACGAUACCGUAUAUAGGUAUUUGUGCCCUGCAAGAAAGAUAGGAAGCAUUAUUGGAAGGGGAGGGGAGAUUGUUAAGCAAUUAAGAGCAGAAACUAAAUCAAAAAUUAGAAUUGGUGAAACAAUUCCUGGUUCUGAUGAGCGCGUGGUUACUAUCUAUAGCUCUAGAGAUGAGAGAAAUGCCCUUGAAGAUGGGGAUGCUUUUGUUUCUCCUGCUCAAGAUGCUUUAUUCAGGGUGCAUGAAAAAGUUGUUGCAGACGAUUUGCACAGUGAUGAUGAAUCUGAAGGCCACCAAAGUACUGCUCGGCUUCUUGUAUCUUCUGAUCAGAUUGGAUGUGUUAUAGGAAAGGGUGGACAGAUCGUUCAGAACAUACGUAGUGAAACUGGUGCUCAGAUUCGCAUUCUUAAGGACGAUUUACCUUCUUGUGCCUUGUCCACAGAUGAACUUGUACAGAUAUCUGGGGAAGCUGCAGUUGUGAAGAAGGCUCUGCAUCAAAUUGCAUCUCGCCUUCAUGAGAACCCUUCACGAUCUCAGCACUUGCUUGCUUCUGCUGUGUCAAAUGCAUAUCCUGCUGCUGGUGCAAUGCUUGGUCCAGCUGCUGGUGCCCAGAUCGUAGGGAUAACUUCAUUGGUUGGACCUUAUGGACGAUACAAAGGUGACACUGGAGAAUGGCCACGCUCUAUGUACUCGGCUCCAAGGGAUGAGAUGUCAUCAAAAGAAUUUUCUCUUCGUUUGGUUUGUCCAACUGCUAAUAUUGGAGGAGUGAUUGGCAAAGGUGGUGCUAUAAUCAACCAGAUCAGGCAGGAAUCAGGUGCAGCCAUCAAAGUAGAUAGCUCAACUACAGAUGGAGAUGAUUGCUUAAUAACUAUAUCAGCUAAGGAGUUCUUUGAGGAUACAUAUUCACCUGCUAUCGAAGCUGCUGCACGUUUGCAACCUAGAUGCAGUGAGAAGGUUGAAAGAGACUCUGGAAUUGUAUCAUUCACAACCCGCUUACUUGUGCCAACCUCACGUAUUGGUUGCCUUAUUGGUAAAGGAGGAGCUAUUGUAACAGAGAUGAGAAGGAUCACAAAAGCUAAUAUCCGUAUCCUGUCAAAGGAGAAUCUUCCAAAAAUUGCAUCUGAAGAUGAUGAGAUGGUUCAGAUUGCUGGAGACCUUGAUGUUGCAAAGGAUGCCCUUGUACAAAUAACAACACGGUUAAGAGCAAAUCUUUUUGAUAGGGAAGGCGCUGUUAAUGCGUUGGUGCCAGUUUUACCGUAUCUUCAUGUGCCAACUGAAGGAACAGACAGUUUGAGUUAUGAAAGUAGAGAGGGAAAGAGGCAUGGACGUGUGCACUCCUUUUCUGGUGGUUAUGGCUCUAGUGAUUUAGCUGCUAGUGAUGGCUAUGGAAGUUAUGGUGGUCUCCAGAUUGGUAGUACUACUGGUGCUUAUGGAGCUUAUUCUUCAGGACGUGGUGGUCCUUCUGGGUUAUCAAGCCAUACCUCUGUUUCCCGGCGCUAAAACUAUGGUUACUAAAAUUCCAUGAUUGCUGAGACUUAUGAAGCCUGAAUCUAGCCUACUGCCUACUUUGAUGAAGCCUGCCUAAACCUGAAGACCAGAUGAACCAGGGUUUGACAUACUCAUGGCCCACCCUGAUGCUACUACCUAGAAGGACCAAAUAUACGUGGAGAUCUUAUUUUUCUCUUUGAAAUUUGCCAUUUCCAUGCCACCAAAAACACCAAGCUCUGCUAUGUGUGCUCCCAAGAACCUAGCUAGCCGUCAUGCUUGUUGCUGCCUUUUAUUUCCUUAUUUUUCGUCUUUUUCUGUUUGUAGUUUGCAUUUGUUUAGGGGUUCUAAACCUUGUACCUUCUUCUAUCCACUGUCAGCUGUACUGAGAGUGCUGGGUUUAUUAUCUGACAUUUGUCUUCUGCAUUUUCUUAAUUUCGUCGGUUGUCUCAAUUUAUGAUGGAAUCUUAUCCUCAGCUUACCCGGUUUACUCUAAAAUGUAGCUGUGAAGACAUAAUCUGGAAUACAGAUAUUUUCAUUCUAUUUUAUUAGCAUCUAAAUCAGCUUAAAUGGUCCUUGAGUCUUUGUAAUGACACCCUUAAUCAAGAAAUCUAUUAGUAUCCACCUAACUGAUCGCCUGAGACUUAUAGAAGAAGUCUACAACAUGUUAAACUAUGUUGCGUAGGAGGGAAAAAGGAAGGAAAGAGGUGGAAAUAAUGUAGCUUUUCUUUGCAUCCCUUCGUUUGGUAAGAGGAAAAUAUGAGCAAGUUAAAUAAGUGGAUUCUUUCUAUUUAAAUUGACUGUUAUGUUUAUUUUCCAUCCUCUAUGCUAAACAUCAGUAAGGAUAAAGAACCUUCUUCCCCCCUUUUUCCUCUCCUUUUUUCAUUCUCUCUAUCUUCCAUCCAUGCCUAACACUGUUCGAUGCAUAGAAGGGAUACAAUAUGGCAUCUAGUCAUCAACCUUUAGGGUUCAACUCCUCAAUAGUGUUUUCUGACACAUGGCAUUGUUUUAGGGUAAAAAAAAAAAAUGCUAGUUUAUGCUACCAAUGGAUUACUUAAUUAAAGGACAAUAUAGUCAUGUGAAAGGACUAUGUAUUGGUGUGUCUUUCUACACUAUGUAGGUUCUUGGAUUUUGUCUUGCACAAAGACCUCAAAUAUAAGGUAAGAGCUUAAUUCUUUUAUAAUGGUUGGUUGUGACUUGAGAGAAUAAAGGAAUUCAUUGAGUUGCUUGAAACACACUAGUAAGUUACUGCUUAAUCUCUGUAAUAGUAUUGUGGAUGUUAGUUUGAAAUAUGGUUAGACUGCUAGCUAUGUUACUCAGACUUGGGUAUAUGUCCGACAUGGAUAUGUUCAAUUUCUUCAAGUGUCGUAUCCUCGUACCCAUGUCUGGUUAUGCAUCAGACAAAGGUACUUAAAGAAAAAUGAAUGGUUAGAGUAACAUAGCUAGUUAGAAUGUUAUACAAGCAAUUGAUUUGGUGGCAGGUUCUGAAUGUCACUGGUGUAUAUAUUCUUUUUCCUGGGAAAAAAGUGCUAUAUGUAAAUUCAUUCUUCAUUUUUAUUCCAAGUUUCGGGGAAGACAGAUUCAAAGUGGCUGAGGCAGAGAAUGCAUACAUAUGCCGUAAAUGAUGAGGUGCAUAAUGUCUUUGUUGCAUUAUUUUGUAUUGCGUUUUAAUAUGUUUUGCAUGUAACAAUUUUGAUGGAGCUAUUUAAUCUAAACUCUUAUUGCUGCUAUUACCGUAUUAUUCAAUCUAUAUCUCCCGGUUCCUUUCUCGUAACUAAAAUAAACCUAGUCUUUAUUAUUUUCUGUUUUUGCUUGAAUAAUAUUGAACCAAUGUAACUGUUGGCACUACUGUAGUUUGAUUCAAUGCUUUAUUUUGAACACAUGCUGUUUUUACUUCUGUUACAUAAAUGUUUUUCAGUGGAGGUUAUAGUUAGGCCAUAAAAGAAUGGUAAAAAUACCAUGGAGGCCCUUAUACUAUAGGAGUUGGACCAAAGAGCAAAUCGAUUCUUCUGUUAAAAAUUCUAUUAAUUUCUAUUGUUAAAAAUAUGUUAGAAUGAGGUACUCAUGACACAUUACUACAUAUUGUUGUUUGGUUAUUUUGUCAGCAAUGUUAAUUUUUAAAUGUAUAAAUUGAUGAAAUUUUUACAAGGGUUAGUCAAUAUUAGUUUUUAAAUGUAUAAAUUGACGAAAUUUUACAGGAAAUGAUUAAUUUGUUCUUUAAUUUAUCCUAUAGGUAUAGGGAUUAGUUUGCACAAGAACUGAUUGCAGGUAUUGGAAUAAACUAAGCCCUGAAUUCGAUGUGGUAAUCUCAUUGCUUAAUCGGUAGGUUCAACUAUUAUAGGUGAUGGUGAAAAUCAACUGAUGUAGCUGAGCAUACCAAGACCACUACUGAAACUGAAUUGAACGUGUCUAAAUAUGCCGUUAGCUUUCACUACAAAAUUCUUUUAAUGUUCAUUUUGUUUUGUCGUACGAAAGUUGUUACUUGCAGUAGAAGUUCGGUGGUGAUUGAACAGUCAGAUUUGAAUUGCUGAAUAUCACUUAAUUUCAAGAUUUAACGGAACAUAA